CCGAGCCCGUCCCGCGUCCCGGUGCCCGCCGGGGCCCGGCCGGCGGGAUGGACCUGGCGUACGUGUGCGAGUGGGAGAAGAAGCCCAAGAGCAACCACUGCCCCUCCAUCCCCCUCGUGUGCGCCUGGUCCUGCCGCAACCUCAUCGCCUUCACCACCGACCUCCGCAACGAGGAGGAGAAAGAUCUCACCCACAUGGUCCAUAUCAUCGACACCGAGCACCCCUGGGACGUGUAUUCCGUGAACUCUGGGCACACUGAGGUCAUCACGUGUCUGGAGUGGGAUCAGUCAGGCUCCAGGCUGCUCUCGGCGGAUGCCGACGGACACAUCAAGUGCUGGAGCAUGACAGAUCACUUGGCCAACAGCUGGGAGAGCACGGUGGGCAGCGUGGUGGAGGGGGACCCGGUGGUGGCCCUGUCCUGGCUGCACAACGGUGUCAAGCUGGCGCUGCACGUGGAGAAGUCUGGAGCGUCGAACUUCGGCGAGAAGUUUUCCAGGGUGAAGUUCUCCCCGUCGCUGACGCUGUUCGGCGGGAAGCCCAUGGAGGGCUGGAUCGCCGUGACCAUCAGUGGGCUGGUCACCGUGUCCCUCCUCAAGCCCAACGGGCAGGUGCUGACGGCCACCGAGAGCCUGUGCCGCCUGCGCUGCCGCGUGGCCUUGGCCGACGUCGCCUUCACGGGCGGGGGCAACAUCGUGGUGGCCACGUCGGACGGCAGCAGCACCUCCCCCGUGCAGUUCUACAAGGUCUGUGUCAGUGUGGUGAACGAGAAGUGCAAGAUCGACACCGAGAUCCUGCCGUCGCUGUUCAUGCGCUGCACCACGGACCCCGCGCGCAAGGACAAGUACCCGGCCAUCACUCACCUCAAGUUCCUGGCUCGGGACAUGUCGGAGCAGGUGCUGCUCUGUGCUUCCAACCAAAACAACAGCAUCGUGGAGUGCUGGUCCCUGCGGAAGGAGGGCCUGCCAGUCAACAACAUCUUCCAGCAGAUCUCACCUGUGGUGGGAGACAAGCAGCCCAUGAUCCUGAAGUGGAGGAUCCUGUCUGCCACCAACGACCUGGACCGGGUGUCGGCCGUGGCACUGCCAAAGCUGCCCAUCUCCCUGACCAACACGGAUCUGAAGGUGGCAAAUGACACCAAAUUCUUCCCUGGGUUGGGCCUGGCCUUGGCUUUCCACGAUGGCAGCGUGCACAUCGUGCACCGGCUGUCCCUGCAGAUGAUGGCCGUGUUCUACGGCUCCUCCUCGCAGCGCCCCGUGGACGAGCCGUCCCUCAAGCGCCCGCGCACCGCGGGGCCCCUCGUGCACUUCAAGGCCAUGCAGCUCUCCUGGACCUCGCUGGCCCUGGCUGGCGUGGACAGUCACGGCAAGCUCAGCAUGCUCCGCAUCUCCCCCUCCAUGGGCCACGUGCUGGACAUGAACAUGUCCCUGCGGCACUUGCUGUUCCUGUUGGAGUACUGCAUGGUGACCGGCUACGACUGGUGGGACAUCCUGCUCCAUGUCCAGCCCAGCAUGGUCCAGAACCUGGUGGAGAAGCUGCACGAGGAGUACAUGCGCCAGAACGCGGCCCUGCAGCAGGUCCUCUCCACACGCAUCGUUGCCAUGAAGGCGUCGCUGUGCAAACUCUCCUCCAGCACCAUCGCCCGUGUGUGUGACUACCACGCCAAGCUCUUCCUCAUCGCCAUCAGCUGCACCCUGAAAUCGCUGCUGCGCCCCCACUUCCUCAACACCCCGGACAAGAGCCCCGGGGACCGGCUCACCGAGAUCUGCUCCAAGAUCACCGAUGUAGACAUUGACAAGGUGAUGAUUAACCUGAAGACAGAAGAGUUUGUCCUGGAGAUGACAACAUUGCAGUCCCUGCAGCAGCUCAUCCAGUGGGUGGGGGAUUUUGUACUCUAUCUCCUGGCCAGCCUUCCCAACCAGGGCUCCCCGGUGCGCCCCGGGCACAGCUUCCUGCGCGACGGCGCGUCCCUCGGCAUGUUCCGGGAGCUGAUGGUGGUGAUCCGCAUCUGGGGGCUGCUGAAGCCCAGCUGCCUCCCCGUGUACACGGCGACCUCCGACACCCAGGACAGCAUGUCCCUGCUCUUCCGGCUCCUGACCAAGCUCUGGCUGUGCUGUCGUGAGGAAAAUCACAUCACGGAGCCUGACGAUGCCCUGAUCGACGAGUGCUGCCUCCUGCCCAGCCAGCUGCUCAUUCCCAACAUCGACUGGCUGCCCAUCAACGACGGCAUCAUCAGCAAGCUGCAGAACAAGCAGCUGGUCCGGCUGCAGUUCGGGAAGGCUCCUGGGCUCGUUGGCCACACUGUCUCUUCCCAGUUCGAUGCCUUUGUCAGGGCCCCUGGACAGCCCAAAAUUGACCACCUGAGGCGGCUGCACCUGGGCACGUACCCGACGGAGGAGUGCAAGUCCUGCACCAGCAGCUGGGGCUGUUCCACGCCAGGCUCCAGGAGGGCCCUCAGCAGGAUUGUUGCUCGCUGGUUUCAGCUGGUUUUGGUGCUCUCAAGAGUCACCUGCAGAUGGCAGGAGCUGGUUUCCCCCGUGGAUGGCCCCACUCCUGCGUGAUCCGUGCAGCAGCCCAGCAGCCCUGGCUCUUGGGCCCCCCUGGGCUGGCUGC